GCGGCUGCUUCGUUGGAACGUUUUUCAGCCGUGGUAGGCCCUCGUUCCCCAGUAGUAUGUGCACCGCACACCACACCAUAUGAAAAACGUGCUUAUGAGAGCCGCUUGGUGGUUCGAGCCAUGGCAGACCAGAGAAUGUUACUUCCGGAGUUGCGCGGUGGUGGCGUUCUGGUUAUGACCGGGCGUUGCAAGUCUUUUGAGCCAAGGACCUUUGUGUGGGUGAAGCCAGAGUGGUUUACGUGGCUGUUAGGUUUAUUGAUGUUUAGUGUUGGUCUGACUACAAGUGUAGAGGACUUUCGGUCCAGUAUGAAGAGCUGGCUUGCAGUGGUCAUCAACAGCUGCGCUUGCUUCAUGAUCAUGCCAGCGCUGGCCUAUUUUCUGGCGUUGCUGAUAAAGGCAAAUGCACCAACCCUUGCCGGGCUUGUGCUGAUUGGCUCCAUCAAUGGUGGACAUACUUCGAAUUUGUGCACUUUGAUUGCUGGAGGUGAUGUGGCGUUGAGCGUGCUUAUGACAAUGUCGACAACGCUCCUGUGCAUCGUCGCUACUCCUCUGAUUGCCCAACGCAUCUUAGGAACCGUUGUUUCAGUGGAUGCGAUUGGGAUCGUCCUCUCCACCGUUAAGGUGAUGUUAGCGCCUACGAUUUUUGGCCUAGCUUUCAAGCAGUGGUUGCCAAAUGCUUCGUCCAGGGCAGCAAAGUUCACUCCUGUCUUAGGGGUUGUGGCGACCUGUAUCAUUGUUGGUUCUUCAGUCGCAUCGUGCCAGUCCUACAUCCUUUCAGCUGGUUUGAGCUUGCAAUUGGCCGUGCUGUGCCUCCACAUAUUCGGUGGCUGCUAG